AUGCCUGCCUCCAAUUCCAAUACUACCUCUGCCAUCAAGAAGCCUACAAUCGUCGGCCUAUACGGCCUUCCUGGUAGUGGCAAGUCUUACGUCUUGUGCCGUCUCAAGACAUACUUCGGUUUUGGAGAUCGGUUCCAGUACUAUGAGGGGUCCGAGGUCAUUGGGAACCUCGUCGACGGCGGUCUGGAAGCAUUCAAGCGACUUCACAACGACGCGAAAACCCGAAAACGACAGCAAGCCAUUCAAUGUGUUGCCGAUGAAUGUACCGCGACUGGGCGUAUUGGAAUUGUCACCGGCCAUUACUCAUUCUGGAACGACAAACCUCCCUCCCAUGACGUUGUGUGGACCGACGCCGACAUGCGCGUCUGCACCCACAUCCUCUACCUGGAUAUGCCCGCUAUCAGUCUAUGGGAUCAACGAACUUACGAUGAACUUCGAAAGCGCCCUGAACUACAACCUCAUCACCUCGCACAAUGGAAGAAUUCCGAAAUCGCCGCUCUAUCCCGUCUUUCUCGUCUGAAUGGCAUGCAUUUCAUGCCGCUGUAUCUCGGCGGGCCUCAUUCUUUUGACGGCAUUGAACACAUGCUGCGCAAUAUUGAGACAAAAGACGAAGAGAACCCUCGUCGUGUAAGAAGCGAGACUGAUCGAUUGCUUUUUCGGGCCCAGGCCGCGAUCGCGGACACGGGCUCGAUGUUCUGGGAGAGGCUCAAGGCAACUUCGCAGAGGCGAUAUCCCCACUGUGUAUGGGAUGGUCCGGAGAACUUUGGAAAGCAUUGGCUCUGGGACGACCUCAUAUGUCCCCUGAAGAGGCUAUUCAGCGAAAACAACGACUACUCCCUGGCUUUCUUUCACCGGGCCAUGGCUUUGUAUGAGUACGUCGAAAGCGCCUUUGACGAAGUAUGCGAGGAAGUCGCCGCUGCUGUCUCGCUAUACCCGGAGUUCAUGGCCCUGAUUCACGCCGUCAAGUGCCAUCGCGGCGUUGGCAUCGUCAUCGCUACGUGUGGCCUUCGUCGAAUCUGGAAACUGAUAUUGGAGAGAGAGGGCCUCGAUGAUGACGUUAAGAUCAUCGGUGGGGGCCGCUUUUCCGAUGAUUACGUUGUUACUCCUGAGGCCAAGGCCGUCGUUGUCUCUCAUCUGCAAAGUAAAGGUGUGUUUGUCUGGGCUUUCGGAGACAGUCCGAUGGACUUGCCCAUGCUCAAGAGGGCCGACCAAGCUAUCGUCGUCGUCGGCGAGGAGCGUUCUAGAAGCAAGACAAUGGACGCUGAGUUGACCAGGGUUAUUACUGGCGACAAGAACUUCCGUCCAAGACAGGCUUUGGUCCCGAUUCAUUCUUCACCCCGCCUUGAUCCAGAGCAUUUACCGAUUGUCGACAUCUCUAGCCAAGCUUUUGUAGAAUCUUUCCUAUACCGCUACGCCAACCUCCAGGUUCUGCACGCCACGAACAAGAGUGCAGCCAAACUUCUCAUGACUGCGACACGCGACGCGUCUGUGGCCGGUCCUAGUCUCAGAGCGGCCCAUAGGCAAGUUGGGUGGUACCUCGCCACCGAGUUUCUGACGGAGCUGCUCGGCCUAGAGACAUAUCCUAUACCCCAUGUUCAGGGCUACAAUACCGAUGGUCAUCGACUUGUCGACGAGAGCCGAACAGCCAUCGUUGCUCUCAUGCGCGGUGGUGAACCCAUGGCCCUUGGUGUCAGCGAGGUGUUCCCCCAUGCCAUCUUCAUCCACGCCAACCGUGCCUCCGAGCUCACGAAGGAGACUCUUGUGGGAGUGAACACGCUGCUCUUGGUUGAUUUGGUGGUCAACAGCGGCAAGUCAAUCAAGGGGUUCGUCUACCGUGUUCGGAGGUUGAAGCUGGAGAUUCGCAUCGUCAUUGUGGCCGGUGUUGUUCAGGCCAAGGCCAUCUCGGAUGUCCUAGAGCCACUUGCUUGUAAAGGAGAUCUCAGUCUCGUCGCACUUCGGUUGUCGGACAACAAGUUCCCUGGAAUCGAAGGCACGGACACUGGCAACCGGCUAUUCAACACUUCACAUUUAAAUUGA